GGCCAGGGUCGAGCGACGAGUCAUCGGCCCACGCACCUGAGUUGCGGAACCCGAGGGGCGGGCCUGCGCCCCGCUUGCUUUCCGGCGCUCGGCUGGGCUCUCGCCCCAGGAACGCGGCGAGAGCGGUGGCGGCAGCGGGGCGGGAGCGAGCCUCAGACCACCGUCCGGAACUCUAUUUUAAGAACCUCUCAAAACAAAAAAAACAAGUCAUGGAGAAGAAUGGGAAUAACCGAAAGCUUCGGGUUUGUGUUGCUACUUGCAACCGCGCAGAUUAUUCUAAACUUGCCCCUAUCAUGUUUGGCAUUAAAACGGAACCUGAAUUCUUUGAACUUGAUGUGGUGGUUCUUGGCUCUCACCUGAUAGAUGACUAUGGAAAUACGUACCGCAUGAUUGAACAAGACGACUUUGACAUUAACACCAGGCUGCACACUAUUGUUAGAGGAGAAGAUGAGGCAGCCAUGGUGGAGUCAGUAGGCCUGGCCCUAGUGAAGCUACCAGAUGUCCUUAAUCGCCUGAAGCCUGAUAUCAUGAUUGUUCAUGGAGACAGGUUUGAUGCCCUGGCUCUGGCUACAUCUGCUGCCUUAAUGAAUAUCCGAAUCCUUCACAUUGAAGGUGGGGAAGUCAGUGGGACCAUUGAUGACUCUAUCAGACAUGCCAUAACAAAACUGGCUCACUAUCACGUGUGCUGCACCCGAAGUGCAGAGCAACACCUGAUAUCCAUGUGUGAGGACCAUGAUCGCAUCCUUUUGGCAGGCUGCCCUUCCUAUGACAAACUUCUCUCAGCCAAGAACAAAGACUAUAUGAGCAUCAUUCGGAUGUGGUUAGGUGAUGAUGUAAAAUCUAAAGAUUACAUUGUUGCACUGCAGCACCCUGUGACCACUGACAUUAAGCAUUCCAUAAAAAUGUUUGAGUUAACACUGGAUGCACUUAUCUCAUUUAACAAGCGGACCCUAGUUCUAUUUCCAAAUAUUGAUGCAGGGAGCAAGGAGAUGGUCCGAGUGAUGCGGAAGAAGGGCAUUGAGCAUCAUCCCAAUUUUCGUGCGGUUAAACAUGUCCCAUUUGACCAGUUUAUACAGUUGGUUGCCCAUGCUGGUUGUAUGAUUGGGAACAGCAGCUGUGGGGUACGAGAGGUUGGAGCUUUUGGAACACCCGUGAUCAACCUGGGAACCCGUCAGAUUGGAAGAGAAACAGGGGAGAAUGUCCUUCAUGUCCGGGAUGCUGACACCCAAGACAAAAUAUUGCAGGCGCUGCACCUUCAGUUUGGUAAACAGUACCCUUGUUCAAAGAUAUAUGGGGAUGGAAAUGCUGUUCCAAGGAUUUUGAAGUUUCUCAAAUCUAUUGAUCUUCAAGAGCCAUUGCAAAAGAAAUUCUGCUUUCCUCCUGUGAAGGAGAAUAUCUCUCAAGAUAUUGACCAUAUUCUUGAAACUCUAAGUGCCUUGGCUGUUGAUCUCGGCGGAACAAAUCUACGAGUUGCAAUUGUCAGCAUGAAGGGUGAAAUAGUUAAGAAGUAUACUCAGUUCAAUCCUAAAACCUAUGAAGAGAGGAUUAAUUUAAUCCUACAGAUGUGUGUGGAAGCUGCCGCAGAAGCUGUAAAACUGAAUUGCAGAAUUUUGGGAGUAGGCAUUUCCACAGGUGGCCGUGUAAAUCCUCGGGAAGGAAUUGUGUUGCAUUCAACCAAACUGAUCCAAGAGUGGAACUCUGUGGAUCUGAGGACCCCAUUAUCUGAUACUUUGCAUCUCCCUGUGUGGGUAGACAAUGACGGCAACUGUGCUGCCCUCGCAGAAAGGAAAUUUGGCCAAGGAAAGGGACUGGAAAACUUUGUAACACUUAUCACAGGCACAGGAAUUGGUGGUGGGAUCAUCCAUCAGCAUGAAUUGAUCCAUGGAAGCUCCUUCUGUGCUGCAGAACUUGGCCACCUUGUUGUGUCUCUAGAUGGGCCUGACUGUUCCUGUGGAAGCCAUGGGUGUAUCGAAGCAUAUGCCUCAGGAAUGGCCUUGCAGAGGGAAGCAAAAAAGCUGCAUGAUGAGGACCUGCUCUUGGUGGAAGGGAUGUCAGUGCCAAAAGACGAAGCUGUGGGUGCACUCCAUCUCAUCCAGGCUGCAAAACUUGGCAAUGCCAAGGCCCAGAGCAUCUUAAGAACAGCUGGAACGGCUUUGGGUCUUGGGGUUGUGAACAUCCUCCACACCAUGAAUCCUUCCCUUGUGAUCCUCUCUGGAGUCCUGGCCAGUCACUAUAUCCACAUUGUCAAAGACGUCAUCCGCCAGCAGGCCUUGUCCUCGGUGCAAGACGUGGACGUGGUGGUUUCGGACUUGGUUGACCCCGCCCUGCUAGGAGCUGCCAGCAUGGUUCUGGACUACACAACUCGCAGGAUCUACUAAGCCUCCAAGAACGAACACGGGGACCGAGAUUCCAGAGCUCCCUAAUGGAAUCAAGUUCUUGUCUUUUAGAUGUGCACUUCUUAAAAAGCAAAUUUGGUAUUUAACUGUAGGUGACUUUGGCAGAGAAGUGUUUUUGUUUUUUGUCUCCUCUUCUGAAGUCACCUUUCCCACCCCCAUUUUUGUAGAUGUUUUCCUAAUAGGAGUCAUUUUAGCUCAGAUUCUGUAAGUUCCAGUCACAAUUUUCUGUGCCAAAAGGAGCUACAAUAAUAGAUGAGGAAGCCUCAGGACUCUGCUUACUAAUGUACCACUUAAACCUGCAGGCCUCACUUGGGAUGCGAGCUUCAUCCUGGAGUUUGGAUUAAUAGUCCUUCAUCCUCUAACCCCAAACUCACAUCACAGAAAUCCAGUCAAAGGAACAAAAGGAAAUCUUACCAGGAAAGGCUUAAGUACACUUUUAUUUUGACGAGUUUUAUUGGGGUAUUUUUAAAAGUAUACAAUGUUAUAAGCUUUGACAUAUGUAUAUACCAGAGAAACCAUCACUACAAUCAAGACAUUGGACAUAUCUGUGGCCCCCAAAUGUCAUUUGUUGGAAGAUGUUUUGUUAUUACUCUAGCAGAACUUGUAAGAGACUUUAGACCAGGGAUCUGAAUUACAAUGGCCUUAGUGACCUUGUCCUUAUCUUCUUAAGGACAGCUCAGAAGCCACUAGGACUUACAGCCUCUGAAAGGAGAUUAACUGUCCCAAAAGGAUCUUUGCUACUGACCAGCAGACACCUCUCCCUUCGAUAGCUUUUCCUGUUACAUUGAAUAUGAUAGUGUUUAAGGCAGUGUUUGUAUGUGUUACAACUAGAGCCCUGAUCUGUGAGUUUGGAUUCUGGCUAAAUAAUCUGUGCUUUCAGUGGUGUCAAAAUACAAAAGCCAAAGUUCUGGCUAUUAUUUACAACUGGAA